UCCUGGGCUCAUCAGAGGCGUAUGAUGCCUACCCUUGAAAAUUCAAAACCAUGGUUAAAGAAUACGUACUUUUUAUACUAUUGGUCAGCCUUUAUAUCUUGCAUAGGCCUAUCUUUAUGUGAUCUUCUACUAUGCUUGUUAAACUACCUGUCUGGGUACAGGCAUGAUUGGUCUGAUCAAAAGUUUGUUGCCCAAUUAGAUUUUGCAUUCAGAGCACUCACUUGGUUUGUGAUCUCUGCUUAUUUGCACAUUCAGUUUUCUCAUUCAAGUGAGCGCAAAUUCCCCACUGUAUUAAGGAUUUGGUGUGCCUUCUACUUCCUAAUGUCUUGCUCAUAUCUUUUUAUACACCUUGGUUUGUAUUGGAAACAAUUGUGCUUACCAUUCCUACUAUGGGUCUCCGAUAUUGUAUCCAUUAUUGCUACUUUGUUCUUUUGUUAUGCUGGGUUGUUUGGCAGGGAGCAAGAAGGAGAAGAAAUCCAUAUUUUGGAUCCCCUUUUGAAAAUUAGUCCUAGUCGAAACAAUGGUGACAACGGACAAGGAUCAAGUGUUGGUGGCGAGAGUGUAACUCCUUAUGCAAAUGCAAAUCUUCUUAGUAUUUUUACUUUUUCUUGGAUGGAUCCUUUGCUUGCACUCGGGUAUAAAAAAACAUUGGAGCUUGAAGAUGUUCCUCAACUUGCCAAGUGUGAUAGUGCUAAUGUGGUCUUUGCUCGUUUUAGAGAAAAACUUGAAUGUGAUGCUUGUGGCGACAAUGGUAAUGGUGGUCAGGUAAGCACACUCAAGCUGGGGAAGAUAUUGAUUCUCUCCAUGUGGAAAGAAAUUGUAUGGACGGCUCUAUAUUCCAUUGUAUGCACAAUGGCUUCUUAUGUAGGACCAUACCUUAUUAAAGCCUUUGUCCAAUAUCUCAAUAGCCGCCACCAGCUAAAAUAUAAAGGCUAUAUGCUAGUAUUUAUUUUCUUUCUUUCAAAGCUUAUAAGGUGCCUCUCAGAUAGGCACUUAUCCUUUUUAUUGAGAAAGAUGGCAAUUAAGGUCCGUGUCGCCUUGUUUGCAAUAAUCUAUAAGAAGGGUCUUAGGCUUUCAAGCCAAUCAAAACAGGGCCACACCAGUGGGGAGAACACCAAUUUGAUUAGUGUUGAUAUCGAGAGAACUGGCCUUUUCAGUUGGUACUUGCACGAUAUAUGGAUAGUGCCUCUUCAAUUUAUUCUAGCAUUCUUGAUCUUGUACAAGAGCCUUGGGCUUGCUUCACUUGUAGCUUUUGUUUCCACAGUGAUUUUGCUAAGUGCAAAUGUUCCACUUGGAAGACUACAAGAGAGAUAUCAGGUAGGAUUGAUGGAUUCAAAGGAUCGAAGGAUGAAGGUGACAUCUGAGGCUCUGCGGAAUAUAAAGAUUCUCAAGCUCCAAGGCUGGGAGAUGAAGUUCUUAGCCAAGAUAAUUGAGCUCAGGACCUUUGAAACAAGAUGGUUAAAAAAGUUACUUUAUACGUUAACUAUGACUUCCUUUGUCUACUUGUCUGCUCCCAUGUUUGUAUCCAUGGUUACUUUUGCUUUUUGUAUCCUUAUGGGAAUUCCGCUAGAGUCAGGGAACAUUCUGUCUGCAAUUGCAACAUUUGAGAUAUUGCAAGGGCCCAUAUAUAUUCUUCCAGACUUAAUCUCCAUGGUAGUUCAGACUAAAGUUUCCCUUGAUAGGUUAGCUUCAUUCAUCAAUCUCGAUGACCAUCCAAAUAUAGUACAGAAGAUUCCAAGAGAUAGUGUUGAGGUAGCAGUCGAGAUGGUUAAGGGAAAUUUCUCUUGGGACCUUGAUUCCCCCAAUCUCACAUUAAAAGAUCUUAAUUUCCGAGUGUAUCAUGGUAUGAGAGUGGCUAUUUGUGGUUCUAUUGGGUCAGGCAAGUCAAGUCUACUUUCAUGCAUAUUGGGGGAAGUGCCAAAGGUAUCUGGAACCAUUAAGUUGAAUGGGACAAAGGCCUAUGUUGCACAAUCACCUUGGAUACAAAGUGGAAAAAUAGUAGACAAUAUAUUAUUUGGUAAGGAGAUGGACAUAGAAAAAUAUGAGAUGAUCCUCGAAGCAUGUUCAUUGAAGAAGGAUCUAGAAUUAUGUGCCUUUGGGGACCAGACCAUCAUAGGGGAGAGGGGGAUAAACUUGAGUGGUGGACAGAAGCAAAGAAUCCAGAUUGCACGUGCUUUAUACUAUGAUGCUGAUAUUUAUCUACUCGAUGAUCCCUUUAGUGCUGUGGAUGCUCACACAGGAACUCAUCUUUUCAAGGAGUGUUUGCUGGGACUUAUGGGUUCAAAAACAGUAAUAUAUGUUACCCACCAAGUAGAGUUUUUAUCUUCCGCUGAUCUUAUCCUGGUUAUGAGAAAUGGAAGGAUUACUCAAGCAGGAAAGUACGACGAAAUUCUUAGUUCAGGAACUGAUUUUAUGGAAAUAGUGGAUGCACAUAAGAAAGCUUUGGCAAGCCUCAAUUCUGUCAAGCGUGGAACUUGUUUGGAUAAUAUAACUAAUGGUAAGGAAGAUAGUAUUAUAAUAUGUAGCGAGAAGUCUAUUCAAGAUGAUAAGGAAAUCGAACCCGAAAACUACAAAAUAGAAAAACCCGUUGGGUCAGAAGGACAACUUGUCCAAGAAGAAAAGAGAGAAAAUGGUGGAGUUAGUAUUUCAGUCUACUGGAAGUAUUUUACUACAGCAUAUAAAGGGGCUUUUGUACCAUUGAUAUUGUUGGCACAAAUUCUUUUUCAGCUUCUCCUAAUUGUUAGUAGUUAUUGGAUGGUGUUGGCUACUCCCGUUUCAAGGGAUAUGAGAUCUUAUGUUAGAGAAUCCACUCUCAUCUGUGUUUAUGUUGCUUUAACCCUUGGAAGUUCUCUUUGUAUACUUAUAAGGUCCAUGCUCACUGUAACCGUUGGAUAUAAGACAGCCACAACGCUCUUCAACAAAAUGCAUUUUUGCAUUUUUCGUGCUCCCUUGUCAGUUUUUGAUUCUACCCCAAGUGGAAGGAUUUUAAAUCGGGCAUCCAUAGAUCAAAGUGCAAUUGAUACCUCUAUUCCACAUCAAAUUGAAGAACUUCUUAUCUCAAUCAUAGGAUUUAUCGGAACUGCUGCAGUAAUGUCACAGGUUGCAUGGCAAAUGUUAAUAGUUUUUAUUCCGAUGAUAGCGGCAUGCAUCUGGUACCAGAAAUACUACAUAGCUGCGGCACAAGAACUUUCACGGCUAGCCAGAGUAUGUCAAGCUCCAAUUAUACAACAUUUUGCUGAAUCUAGUUUAGGUUCAACCACCAUCAGGUGCUUUGAUCAAGAAGAGAGGUUUAUGGAUACAAACCUCAAACUGGUGGAUAGGUAUUCCCGGCCCAAAUUUCAUCUCUCUGGUGCAAUGGAGUGGUUAUUCUUCCGCAUGGAUAUACUGACAUCCAUCACAUAUGUCAUCUCUUUGGUUUUCUUGAUCUCAAUGCCUAAAGAAGUACUCAAACCUGGUGUCAUGGGUUUAGCAGUCACGUAUGGGCUUCGUUUUAGUAUGCAUGCGGUCAUAUGGGAUCUUAGCAUACUUGAGAAUAAAAUGAUAUCUGUUGAGAGAAUGUUGCAGUACACUUGCAUCCCUAGUGAACCCCCUUUGUUGAUAGAAGAAAGUGGACUAGGUCAUGAAUGGCCUUCACAAGGGAAAGUUGACAUUAUUGACCUGAAGGUCAGGUAUGCUCCACACCAUCCUCUUGUCUUGCAAGGUCUCACUUGCACUUUCCCUGGAGGGAUGAAGAUUGGCAUCGUUGGGCGCACGGGAAGUGGGAAAUCAACGCUCGUACAGACUCUCUUCCGUGUGCUUGAACCUGCAGCCGGUCAGAUUUGGAUAGAUGGUAUAAACAUCUCCAAGAUUGGCCUUCAUGACUUGCGGUCAAGAUUGAGCAUCAUCCCACAAGAGCCGACAAUGUUUGAGGGAACUCUAAGAAACAACCUUGACCCACUUGAAGAGUACACUGACGAACAAAUAUGGGAGGCUUUAGACAAAUGCCAGCUUGGUGAUGAAGUCAGAAAUAAGGAAGGGAAGCUUGAUUCUACAGUGACUGAGAAUGGAGAGAAUUGGAGCAUGGGACAAAGGCAGCUAGUCAGUUUAGGGCGGGUAUUGCUCAAGAGGAGCAAAGUGUUAAUACUCGAUGAAGCUACUGCAUCAGUGGAUACUAAAACUGACUAUCUAAUUCAGCAAACGCUUAGGGAACACUUCUCAGGGUCUACUGUCAUCACAAUUGCACAUAGAAUAACAUCAAUUCUUGAUACCGAUAUGGUCCUCCUUCUGGAUAAUGGCAUUGUACUGGAAUAUGAUGCCCCAACAAAAUUGCUAGAGAUCAAGUCCUCAUCAUUUGCAAAGCUUGUUCAGGAGUAUAUUCAAAGAUGUGGUUCCUAGUUUUUAGAAGGCCAAAAAAGUGAUAUUUGAAUGAUCAAAUGUAAGCAGGGUGCAUGAGGCUAAAGUGAAUUGCUUUUGAGCAUGAUUAAUAUAUGUUGGGAGAUGAGAAGGAAAUAGAAGAGGCUAGCUGUAAUUGUUUGAGUUGGCAUAGGCAUUCAGUUAAGGUAAUUGCGUAUGGAGUACUUAGAGCAACAAAGGAUCUUAUAAGAAUGUCACAAAUGGAACUGUAAAAUUGAUCCAUGGAAGCCUCUUUGAACCACCAGCCGUAUGCCAUAAUCAGCCAUUCCCAUUUCAAGUGUAUUAUUGUCAUGCUUUUUGGAAAGUAAAAGUAUACGAAAUAGA